GAAGUUCAACAGGCGCUUAUGUCUGGUACUUGCCGGACAGCCUUUGCCUGCAAGUUGCGGUGCAUUCUCAAUGCUCGCCUCUUGCCUCUGACCUCCAAGGACACUACCAAGGAUGCUACGAAUAAUGUCCGAGUCCAUCCUCUGCCCGGGCUGCGACAGACCCUUGUCUGUUGUUGGUUAUGCUCACUAUUUGAAGCAAACAACCAAUCCUAAAUGCAAGAAAGAGUAUCUACGGCAGCAGGGCUAUGAGAAUUUCCCAGGCCUAUAUGACUCUGACUCUGACGAUGAUGAUGAUGGUGCCGAUAAUGAUGAUAUUUCCAUGGAAGGUGAGAUUGGUGAUCAAAGCAGUGAAGGACCAAGACAGUUUAUUGGUGAUUACUUCAGCAAUGACUAUGGUCCUGAAGACUUCCCUGGCUUUGAGGAACAUGCAGAUAAUGCUGAUCCGCCUCUUGAUCAUUCCUCAUCACCUGCUGGUGAUAUCAUGGUGGAGGGAAUAGAUGAGGUUCCAUGGCAGAUGGAUGUUGAUGAGGAGAAUGAGACAACCUCAUGGGAAUUGGACUAUGAGGGUGAGGAUGAAGAAACUCCAAAUGAUGAUGGCUAUCAGGAUGCAGAUGACAAUGUCAUCUAUAAAGAUACCACUGGAUGGGAGCCUCCUGCUCCAAGUGUAGAUGUUGCUGCUCAUAUGCUUGAUCUUGAUGCAUCUUCAGAAACUGCUGAAGAACAAUUUACUGCUGGCCAUUGUAAUAUUGAAAAUAGUCUACGUCAAAAAAUCACUGUUGUCAAGUAUCCAUCAAAGGAUGCUGGUACAUCUGUGUCAGCAUCACAGACAGAACCUGACUCUUUCAGAAUUUAUGGCUCUAGCAUUCCAAGUUCUGCUGAUAAUCCAUACUCACCAUUUCCUAAUCGAUUGAGUUGGGAGAUCUGUCGAUGGGCAAAACUUCGAGGUCCUGGUUCAACUGCUUUAUCUGAACUAUUAAGUAUUGAAGGGAUUCAAGAAGGCCUUGAAUUGAACUACAAAAACUCUCGGGAGUUGAAUAGAAUCAUUGACACACAACUUCCUGGUCGUCCACAAUUUCGAUGCAAGGAGAUUGUGGUUGCAGGUGAAGUCUUUGAAGUUUAUCACCGACCUAUUAUGGAGUGUAUCAAAUCACUCUAUGGCAAUCACAAAUUUGCACAGCAUCUUAUCUUUGCACCUGAACGUCACUAUGCAGAUAAAGAUAUGACUAUGUGUAUGUAUCAUGAUAUGCAUACUGGUAAAUAGUGGUGGUCAACUCAGGUAUGUUAUCAAUAUAAUCUAAAAUAGAAUUUAUUAUAUAAU